CGAACGUCUCGGCGGGAGUCGCCUUAUGUCUCUCGCACGUGUCACGUCGCGCUAAUUGAAUUCUAACGAGGCGACAGUCUAGUCUCGCUCGGAGAUAUCGGAUCGGUCGAUCAUUUACACCGUUUAUCUCUGUUCAUCUCUCUCUUCGUCUUCCUUACAAUACGUGACAGGCGACACGUUACUAAAAAAAUCUCUUCGAUCCGCGAUCGUCGAUUAAGUCUCGGACAAUCAGCUUGAAAUUCUCUGGCAGCGACCGUAUCUCAUAAUACAUCCUGUAAGGAUGUGACUAUCGUCAACACUGAAGAUAUCAACCAUCAAUAUUAAGCAAAUAAAUGCAUACAGAGUGUUCAGAGUAAUGAAAGAGGAGCCCGCGGAGAAAUGAUGGAUAAAUCGAUCGAAUUCGUAUUGUAGAUUCUCUCAAUGGGAAAUUUCAAACUUGUCCAAGUUGGCGCAAAUUUUGCUCAGAAAUAGCAUCGAAAUACACCAGCAAUAUGGAAAUGGACACGAACAUCAGCGACGUAUUGCGCGAAGUGAUAACAUUUUUGGAAUGCCUUCGCGACGCGCAACUUCCUCUUACGCUGGAGAGUCUGCGAGAGAAGCUGUUGGUGCGCUCGAGGGAGACUCUAAGUACCACAACGAUGACUCGAGAGAGAGAUUCUCCAGAACCUUAUCUAGAUAUGAACUCCGGUCCGAAAAGUUUAUUGUUAAGGAAGAGCGAAGGCGACUUGGAGGAAUACGUAGGAAUGGAAGAAUCUCCCAAGAAGCAGAAUCAUCAAGAUUAUUACGAGACCUUCGAAAACGAAGGUCAAAGUGUCGAUCAGAACGAUUGUCCCGAGCAGAACGAAGACGAAACAGACGAGGGUCAAAAGUUAAUCAAGAUCUACAAGAACCUAUCUGCGAUACAGAUCAAAAGUAAAUGUCACAAGUGCGGUCCGCUUUACAAGAAGGAAGAGAGGAAGCUGUUUCUGUCGGAGAGCCGGGCUUGCUGGAUCGCGCUCAUCGGGUCGCAUUUGCUCAUCUACCGAAACGAACGGCAAAACCGACCCUACGUGAUUUACCCGAUUCGCGGAUACAUGGCCCGACCGGCGCCAAAUUUGAUACCCCGCGACCGACAGAAGAGCGAGUCCGCCUUCGAGAUGUACCGUCCAGGGAACGAGACGUUACGCUUCAUCGCGAGGACGCCGAAGGACAUGGAGCAAUGGAUAGCCAAGAUCUGUGAGGUGGGUUGCGCGAAGAGCACGAAGAGCAAAACGGAAGUUCACGAAAACCGAACCCUCGUCAACGAAGAAACCCCCAUAUCUCCCAACGAGGCCGCGAUCCGAUAUCGAGACGCAGGAGAGUCGAUUGUCGUCGACAAACCAACGAUCAAGGCCGAAUCGGCGAGUAAAGAUGAAGAGGUCGAGCAAAAAAACAAGGUCGAGAACCCGCCUCCGUUACCUGCCCGGAUACCGCGGAGAUUACCCUCUUUACCUCCUGACGGCGACGCGAUACCUUUAUACAAAGCGGCCGUCGAGGAUGACGAUGACGACGAUGACAUUUAUCACAAGAUCGAAGAUUUGAAGAACAAAACGUGUUAUCAGAAUAUGGUGUUAUCGAAGAAAAAACGGAUCAAUAAGAAGCAGGAAACUGUCGGAUACGAUGAUAUUUGCGCGAAAGAAGUAAGAGAAAAUAAUAACGAAGGACAAAUGCAGGAAGAAAAUGGACAGAUACGGGAAAAACAGAUCAGUCGCUCUCGUGACACGAUACCAUCCGAAGAAAUGUACGAUGAUAUCGUCGCCCUUUCGCGAAUCAAUGCUAUCAAUGCGAACAGCGAACGGCAGAAUCACGAUUGUUCCAUCGGCAAUGGUGAAGAACAAAAGGAAGAGCUUUAUGAUGAUAUAGAAAAUUUAGUUCCAUACGAGAAAUUCGCCAAAGAUCGUGCAAAGGAUCAGACUGAAAUAUCGAGUAAAUCUGCGCAAAAAAAAUCCUUUCUGAAUAGAGUCCUAAGUAGAAGAGAAUCAAACAAGGAUAAGAGAUAUAAGGGCAAAGCUUCAUCGAGUCCACCGCCGUCCUCGACCAAGGAAGAAAUGCCUACUUAUGACGACGCGUCCGAUUUGACCCCGAAUUGUAAAUCUUUAAUGAACGAAGAACAAGAAUUGUCGGAAUACCACUGUCCUCCUCCACCUAAGCCAGUUUACAUAAAAUCGACAACUCCAAAUGAUCCCGAACAAGGCGAGGAAUUUUACGAUGAUGUCAGUAGCUGUCGAGAACAAUACAAAAAUCAGCAAGCGAGCCUGCGAUCGAUGCAGGAGUCGAGUGUGAAGACAAAAGAAACUAUAAGUAAUGCAAAUACGAAAUUGGAGACGAAUGGCGAUGACCCUCCCCAGGAAGAGAUCGAGCAUUAUCAGUCGCCGAGGAGCGAUCUGUGCAUCCGCGACAUCGCGGGGAUGCAGAACGAAGAUUUGUACGAUGAUAUAGCAUUGUGGGUGGAUUUCACUACGCGACAAAGAGACAUUAGCGAGAAAAAGGACACGAACGAGGACGCGUCGAAAUCGACAAUCAACUCCGACAAGAAAUCGUGGAAUCGGUUUGCUGUGAACAGAAAGUCGCGAGCAAGCGAUUCCAUCGAGACGAAUAGACGAAGUAGCUCGAACGAGUGUGAGGAGAUCGAGGAUCCCUCUGAAGGAAACGGCGUAACCAAGAGGAAUACUUUUCAGAAAUUGAUCAGUCGAAUGGAAAAUUCUCUUGCCAAAGUUUCCUCGAGAGGAAUUCCGUCUUCCCUCCCAACAGGCAAAUCGAGUACAGUAAAUAAUUUGUAAAAGCAUUAUCGGAAUUUGUGCAUAUUUAAGUUUAAAGAAUCUACAGCUACACCGAAUUUUAAUAAUAUUUAAUUAUUUCUUUGUAUCUUUGUACCCUUCUCGCUUUCUUUAUUUUUCUUUAUUCUAGUUACGCAUAAUUGAAACAAAUUUAAUCAAAAAAUUGAGGUCAUAGCUGGUCUAAAAUCGUGCAUGAUUUAGAAAUAAACGCAAGAAAAUUAGUAUAUUAUUAACAUGUACUUUUUCUUCUAUUUAAGACUGCAACAAUUAAGGAAAAGUGACAAAAUAAAAUAAAGGAGAGAGAAUACAAUAGAGAGAAAAAAAUGUAUUAAAACCAAUAUAGA